UUCCUUGAGAUAUUUUUCAGAGGGCAUUUUUCAAUCGUUUAUCCGUUACCUCUGACUAACCACUUCAACUGGAGAGGUGCCAGUUCACCUCUGGGGCAGCGCCUCUGUCUCUCCACAUUAACUGCAUGUGUAUGUGUUUAUGUGUUUAUGUAAAACUGCUAACAGGGAAAAAAAAGAAUUUUCCCAAAAGGCAAAUGUGAUAUUUAUUUAUUUUAUCAAUAAAACUGUGCAGAAGAAUGGCCCAGUAUUAGCAGAGGUACACAAGCAUCGUUAUGACGACAGACAAUCAGAAUUUUGGCUGAAGGUUAUCACAUGCAUCAAAGGCAACAGAAUUCUCUGCUUUGAAACUGCCAGAAUUCUGAGGCCCAUAAAGAGCACUGACACAGAGAAUUCAUUUCACUCUUAGGAGUAACACUAGCUCAAACUCACACCAGUGACGGCACGUUGUCCUAAGAAAAGACAUUUUUCAGAGAGACCGCUUUGUCUUUGUUCAAAUUAUUGCAAGUUUGCAACUGCUCCUUGCACUGUAACGAUGGACGGAGAAGGAGAUGGACUGUGGAUUGGCUCUGACAAUGGGCCCGUCGACAGAGAAGCUCUGGACAUACUUUAUAUGUUUUUCAAUGAACAAGACGCCAGAGAAAGAGAUGCACAAGGAGACUGGGAAGAGGUCUGGAACUUCAUACCGCCAUCUGAAGAUCCUGGACCGGUCUUCCAGCAGGACAACAACGUGGCUGCCGACGAGGCUCACCUUGCUCCACAGGCUGCUCCACAAGAACAACCGCAGCCCAGUGGAUCCAGGCGGCGACCUCGUGAAGAAGAUGAUGAGGAAGAGGAGAGAAGCAGUCGACGAUUCAGAUGGUGGGAUGAAUUUGCAGACAGCGACUCAGACAACGACUGGGACAGUGAGGACAGUGAUGAAGAUGAGGGAGUGUCAGAGGAAGAAGACGAGGAUGAGGAGAAAAGCAGUCAAAGACUUGCGUCGCAGGAUGAAACUGCAGACCGCAACUCGGACAGCUUCUGCUCCCGUAAGGCUGGCGAUGAGGCUAAGGAUGAGGGAACGUCAGAGGAAAGAGAGCAGGACCCACUUCCUGAAAGAAAAAGAAAGAGAGAAAGUGAUGAGGAUGAGGAGAGCAGCGGUAAAAAACUCAAGUGGUGAGAUGAGAAAGAGGGGCAAAUCCAGACUGUAACACUACCACUCACUGCGACAGAUACCUCCUCUACCUCGACCACAUGACAUCCCCUCACCCACCAUCGCACCAUCGGCCCACUUCUGGCACCACCACCAGCUGACUGUCCCGGAGGGGAUCCCUCUUUGAGUAGGCUGACUGCAAUGACUCCUGAAAUACUCAACAUUCAAACAAGCAAUACGUCUCCUGCAAGAAAUCAUUCAAUCCAUUUUGAAUGUCAAGUAAGUAAAAAAGGGAUUCCUUCCUGUUGUAAUUUUCAUCAUUUAUCUUACACGCUCACCACGGCACAUUUUCAUAAAUUGCAGUUUGUCAAGUACAGUAUAACCAAUUUCAGCCAGUUUCCCUGCAUGUCCUCAUCUCCAUAUUCCUGUCUCAUUCGGUUUUAAUUAC